GAUGUCGUUCUAGGAAAGAUUUUAUUCAGAGCUUUCGAUAAAGAUAACAGUGGUUCAAUUGAUUAUCGUGAAUUCUUAGCAACAAUGGCAAUUCUUUCAAAAGGAACAAUUGAACAAAAAUUGGAAUUUGCAUUUUCAAUGAUUGAUUUGGAUAAUGAUAAGAAAUUGAGUAGAGAGGAAUUGCAGAAAGUUAUCGUAGCUCUCUAUAAGGUUUUACAAUCUUUGGGGUUGAAUAGUAUGCCAGAUCCAAUUGUUUAUGCCAACAAAUUGUUUGAUGAUAUGGAUGAGGAUAAAUGUGGAUAUUUGACUUUGGAGGCGUAUAAGAAGGGGGCUACGAGGAAUUCUAAUGUUUUUCUUGGAAUGGGAUUGUUGGAAAAUUCGGAUAAUGAAACUAUAGGUAGGUUUGAGAUUCAAAUUUUUGAAAUCAAUGUGAAAUAG